AGGGACCAAAUACAAGAAGAACACUGACAAUUCUUUCUGUCAUCGGAAAUCAACGAAGAGCAGCAGAAGUCAGCCAAACUCGAAGAGCACCAUUUCAACAUCCAGCCUGAACCCUGUAGAAAAAACUUCACCUCCCCAUCAAGAUGAAUUGGAUAUCGCAGAUCACGCCGAUUUCUCCAAAUUAAAAUUACUUUUAUCAAAUGAUGUUGAGCAAAAUCCUGGACCUACCUAUCACUGUGAAUGGAAUAAUUGUGGAUUCAUCGGGCUAACAACAACCAGAAUGGGACAACACCUGCGACAACAUGGACGAGAAGAGGAAUGCAAAUGGGCGCAAUGCAAUGGAUUUCAGCGAACGAGCUACGAAGACCUGGAGUUACACAUUAUACACGACCACUUCUUUGAUGACAGAAUCACCUUUCCUUCCCUAGAUGAUUGGCUGGAAUAUCUCCCAGAAAAAAGAAUCGACCCAGAAACCACUGAUUUACGCUUCUGUCCAAAACACCUGAGAAGCAAGCUGAAGUUGUUACUGUUUGAUGAGGACUACCUGGACAUGCCGACAAACAAAUCAUACACAAUGAGCGACCACCUGUGUACACUGGAUUUUGAAAUAUGUUUCAGUUUGAGCGAACAGACUCCAACUUUGGCUUCCAGCUUUGCUGUUGAGAAAGGUCAACAAGUUCCACCAGAAGUUCCACCAGAAAUACAUCACGUCUUUGAUUUUAAUGUUUGAGGCAGAUUUUCCACAGCGUCUUCAUCCAAUCUACUUGUGUCGGCAUGUGCAACUACUUAAUCUGAAGGCUUGGAGGGAAUUGUAGCUCAGUGCUUCAUCCUUUAUGUGGAUAAACAAAAGGGAACCAGAAGGAUCGAUCUAAAGACAUUCUUUUCAUAAAUCUGUUGGUGUCAAACAAUAUAAUUUUGAUUGAUCAGUCUUCUUAGUGCCUGUAGUGAACAGUAUGUAUUGUAUUAUAUGUAGUAUAAUAAUCAAUUAAGUGUUGAUAAAUGUCUUACAAUUAUCGUAUAACCCUUUAUAUCAAGUUUUGUUAUUUAAUUGUAGAACAGCAAAAGAAACAUUUGUGGAUUUUAAAAGAUAAG